AUGUCGAUCCAGGAGAACAUACCAUCCCUGCAGCGCUGGUCAUGGGUCUCUAAGUCCUAAAGAGACUUAGCGAAGUCCAUCCUGAUUGGGGCUCCAGGAGGGCCAGCGGGGUAUCUUCGGCGGGCUAGUGUGGCCCAACUGACCCAGGAGCUGGGCACUGCCUUCUUCCAGCAGCAGCAGCUGCCAGCUGCUAUGGCAGACACCUUCCUGGAGCACCUCUGCCUACUGGACAUUGACUCCGAGCCCGUGGCUGCUCGCAGUACCAGCAUCAUUGCCACCAUCGGGCCGGCAUCUCGCUCCGUGGAGCGCCUCAAGGAGAUGAUCAAGGCCGGGAUGAACAUUGCGCGACUCAAUUUCUCCCACGGCUCCCACGAGUACCACGCUGAGUCCAUCGCCAACGUCCGGGAGGCGGUGGAGAGCUUUGCAGCUUCCCCGCUCAGCUACCGGCCCGUGGCCAUCGCCCUGGACACCAAGGGACCGGAGAUCCGCACUGGGAUCCUGCAGGGGGGUCCGGAGUCGGAAGUGGAGCUGGUGAAGGGCUCCCAGGUGCUGGUGACUGUGGACCCCGCGUUUCGGACGCGGGGGAACGCGAACACCGUGUGGGUGGACUACUCCAAUAUUGUCGGGGUCGUGCCGGUGGGGGGCCGCAUCUACAUUGACGACGGGCUCAUCUCCCUAGUGGUCCAGAAAAUCGGCCCAGAGGGACUGGUGACCCAAGUGGAGAACGGUGGCGUCCUGGGCAGCCGUAAGGGCGUGAACUUGCCGGGGGCCCAGGUGGACUUGCCCGGGCUGUCCGAGCAGGACGUCCGGGACCUGCGCUUCGGGGUGGAGCAUGGAGUGGACAUCGUGUUUGCCUCCUUUGUGCGGAAAGCCAGCGAUGUGGCUGCUGUCAGGGCUGCUCUGGGGCCGGAAGGACAGGGCAUCAAGAUCAUCAGCAAAAUUGAGAACCACGAAGGCGUGAAGAGGUUUGAUGAAAUCCUGGAGGUGAGCGACGGCAUCAUGGUGGCACGAGGGGACCUAGGCAUCGAGAUUCCAGCAGAGAAGGUUUUCCUGGCUCAGAAGAUGAUGAUUGGGCGCUGCAACUUGGCGGGCAAGCCUGUUGUCUGUGCCACACAGAUGCUGGAGAGCAUGAUUACCAAGCCCCGGCCAACGAGGGCAGAGACAAGCGAUGUGGCCAAUGCUGUGCUAGAUGGGGCCGACUGCAUCAUGCUGUCAGGGGAGACUGCCAAAGGCAACUUCCCUGUGGAAGCCGUGAAGAUGCAGCAUGCGAUUGCCCGGGAGGCAGAGGCUGCAGUGUACCACCGGCAGCUGUUUGAGGAGCUACGUCGGGCAGCACCACUGAGCCGUGAUCCCACUGAGGUCAUCGCCAUUGGCGCCGUGGAGGCUGCCUUCAAGUGCUGUGCUGCUGCCAUCAUCGUACUGACCACAACUGGCCGGUGAG